AUGCCCAGCUCCCCCAGUUCACUCCUGCCCGAUGUGGGGGCCGUGGUGACAUGCAAGGUUUGCGGCAUUAACUCCCGCUUUGCCAAGGUGCACAUCCUGUAUGUCGGCUCCACGCCGCUGAAGUCCGCCUUCCGGGGGACCAUACGGAGAGAAGAUAUUCGAGCCACGGAGAAAGAUAAGGUAGAAGUGUACAAGAGCUUCCGCCCGGGUGACAUAGUCCUGGCCAAAGUCAUCUCGCUGGGGGACGCGCAGUCCAACUACCUGCUGAGCACGGCGGAGAACGAGCUGGGCGUGGUGGUGGCGCGCAGCGAGGCAGGGGUGCAGAUGGUGCCCAUCAGCUGGUGCGAGAUGCAGUGCCCGCGGACGCACACCAAGGACUUCCGUAAGGUGGCCCGCGUGCAGCCCCAGUUCCUGCAGACCUAGCAGCCCCCACGGGGGUGGGGGGACCCUGCGGGGCAAGGGGCUGCCGGGCUGGGGUCUGCGGGGCCAGAGCAGCCCCUGGACUCCAGCCGCCUCCGCGCGUGAGCCAGGCCCUCGCUGGCGGGGUGGAGUUUCUAUUUGUGGAUAAUAAAUAAUUUCUGAG